GGGAUUUCUCAAUAGUUAGGAAGAGUGUUCAAACUAACUGAUUGAUCGUUGCCAAUAAUAAGGUUUGUUGUGUUUUUUUAUGUAGAAUUGACAGGUCUAAUCACAAAUGUUGCUGGCGGAAGUGAAAAAGCUAAAAGUGGCCGAAUUGCGUGCCAUGUUAACCGAGCGAGGUCUCGACCCAAAAGGCCUGAAGGCCGAGCUGGUAGGUCGGCUCAUAUCGGCGAUUGAAGCUGGCGUUGAGCCCAUUAAAAGUGGAAAUGAAGGAGGAGAUGUAUGUGAGACGAUUGAUCAAACGAGUGAAACGCCUGCAGAGGAGCAACAAAAAGAGAGGCGCGUUAAAGCGCAGUCUCCAGUAUGCACUAUUCCCUCCAGCCAGAGUAUGCAUACUUACACUGAUCAGAGUACACAAACCGAGCCGUAUCAACUGUGUUCGUGCGCUGUCACGAGUUACACACCGCAGCAGCAGACCUCUAGGAACUCGGAGGACAUUAUAAAAGAUCUACAUCAACAAACAAAGGGCGUACAACAGCAGUCAGCCGAUCCCGUGGAUCCUGUCGCCUUGGCAACCGCUGCUGCAGUGGACCAGGAUGCUGUGUCAGAAUGCUCAUCAACAGUCUUUGCAAAUCCAGUGUCAGAUGGACCACGUGAGCAAGAUCACUUGCUCAAUAUACAGACAGAUGAACCUGAGACUGUGGAUACCACCCUGGAGGAUAGAGAAGGAAUGAAGAGGCUUAAUGGCGAAAGAGGCAGAGAUUUUUAUGAGUUUAAAGAGGAAGUUCAUUACAACAGAGCUAAGACACCAGAGCCUCUGCUGGACACUGGAGAUGAAUCUGAAAUAGACUUUGAGGAUAUUAGACUGGAUUCCUAUAACUGUGACCUGCAUUUCGAAGUGAGUUCUGAUGGAAGCAGUGGACAGCCUUUGCUCUGGGAGAAAUUCCCUCUGCUUUGGUCUGGGUGUAGAUUGACCCAUGGAUUUUGUCAAGGAAAGGUCGGAUUCGAAGCCAAGUUUGUGAAGUGUCUGUCGACGCCUGCAUUAGACACGAGUUAUGUCUCCGACCUGCACAUGCUCAGAGUGGGUUGGUCUGUGGACAACACAAGCUUUCAGUUAGGAGAAGUAGAGCUUUCGUAUGGUUUGGAUGGGCGUGGCAAGAUAGUAACAAAGGGACAGGAGGAGGAGUUUGGUGAACCCUUCUCAGAAGGGGACAUCAUUGGGUGUUUCGCUGACAUCAGUGAACGAGGAGAAGUGUCACUUUCAUUUCACAAAAACGGACGUUUUCUUGGAGCGCCGUUUCAGGUGACCGCGUCCGCUCUAAAAGGUCAAGCUCUCUAUCCUCAUGUACUUUGCAAAAACUGCUCAGUAUCGGUUAAUCUCGACCCAGAUAGUACCUGGCAUCCAUUCCCUCCGGGUUUCUGCACGCUGACCUCACUUCCUCCUGGUCAGAGGACUCGCGCUCUUUUACCGCCAGCGUCAAGAAGUGACUGUGAGGUGUUGUUGAUGGUUGGUAUGCCAGGUUCUGGGAAGACCCACUGGGCUCAGUCUCAUAUUGCUCAGAAUCCACGGAAACGUUAUAAUCUUCUAAGUACAAACUCUGUAUUGGACUGCAUGAGGAUGCAACCUGGAGGCAGUCAUAGAGAUCUGAUGUUACAGCAAGCCACUCAAUGUGUCAGUCAUCUGAUCAGAAUAGCUGCAAACAAACGGAGGAACUACAUCAUUGACCAGGUCAACAUCUAUCCAUCUGCCCAGCGACACAAAAUGAUGUGUUUCCAUGGUUACCAUCGAAAAGCAGUGGUGGUUUGCCCAGAAGAUGCGGUGUGGAAGAGACGUCUCGUACAGCACCGGAAGGAGGAAGGCAUGGAAAUUCCAGAAAUAUCCCUUUUGAAAGCCAAAGCGAGCUUCACGCUGCCACAGCAGGAUGAUGAGUAUUUGGAUGAAGUGAUGUUUGUGGAGCUCUGCUCGGACGAGGCCUCGAAGCUCCUGACACUGUAUAAAGAAGAAGCACGGAAACUUCUACCCACACCUCCGAAACGCAAAAAACACAGACAUGGAAGUCAGAAGCGCCUCGUACAUCAUUGUGGAUGGAGAGGAGGUCCAUAUAGGUGUCAAUCACAUAACCGUUGCUUACUAGAGAAAAAUAGUUGGCAUCAGCCUUCCUCUGGUCAGUCUUACGGGUGCAGCAGUGACCCACAGAGAUACAGGAAGUAUUACAGACCCUACACUGGACAGUGGUGUGACCAAACCCAGGAUUAUUACAGCAGCUUGAAUUAUGGUUGUUCAACUUGAGUUAAUUUUUGUGCUUUUUAAAAAAAGAAACUUUUGUAUAGCAGGAUGAUAUUUAAACACCCCACUGCCACCACAAUCAUACAAUGUUUUAUUUUGAUAAUUCAUGCUUUUAAAAACUGUUCUCCCUGUCUGUAACUUUAUUAACAAAUGUCAUUGCUCACCACAUCUACCUUGCUAGAAUGUUUUUUUUUUCCCUUUAUUUGAUAGUAUGUAAGGAGAGGACAUAAAACUCAAUAUCAAACCCAUAUGAUAUGUGACCCUGUACCACAAAACCAGUCAUAAGUAGCACUGGUAUAUUUGUAGAAACAAUACAUUGUAAGGGUCAAAGUUAUUGCCAUUAGGAUAUUAAGUAAAGAUCAUGUUCUUCUGUGAAGAUAUUCUGUACAUUUUCUACUGUAAAUAUAUAAACAUGUAGUUAUCAUUAGUAAUGUGUUGCUAAGGACUUCAUUUGGAAGUAACUUUAAAAGCAAUUUUCUCAAUGUUUUGAUUUUUUGCACUCUUAGAUUCCAAAUUUUUGAAUAAUUGACCCUCGGCUAAAUGUUUUCCUGAAUAAACCAUACAUCAAUGGAAAAUAUUUUUUACUUUCAGAUUAUGUAGAAAUCCCAAUUUCAAAAAAGACCCUUAUGAGUGGUUUUGUGGUCCUGAGUCACAUUUGUAUUUAUCUGUGAAAGACAAAAAAAUAGUUUAGAGCUGUUAGGACAAUACCUGUGGUGUGUGUGUAUUUUAAAGAAGUUUUUUAAAGACUUUCACUGUGAAUCCUCAAUUGCCACCAAAUAAAA